CAAGAGACGAACCAAAUGUGAUUAACAAUAAGGAACUUGGUAGAUUUGAUCUUAUGACCGUUCAGGGCAUGAAAGGCAAACGUUUUGUUACAAGAAGAUCAAGAAACGGUCUUAAAAACCAUAGGAGAUCAGGUCGUGUAAACUGUGCAAGUCUCAGAUCUAUUUCUUCAUCAGAAGCCUUUGAUGAGACCGCAAAAACCAAUUUGAUGCAGCCUUAUGAUGAGACAUGUUCCAAUGAUGACCAAAAAGAUUGUGGUAAGGCAGGAGAGGGGACUAAUCUAUCUCAUUGGCCGGAAUUUGAGAAAACCGUAUCAGUUAAUCAACAGGUAAACUCCAAUUCAUCAGCAGAACAAUCUUUUGUGAGAAAUGUAGAGAAAAGAUCUGUUAGGGAUUUAGAAGAAUUAUUGAAAGAAGAGAGAGCGGCUCGAGCAACGGUUUGUGUCGAGCUUGACAAAGAGAGAAGCGCUGCAGCAUCAGCAGCGGAUGAAGCGAUGGCGAUGAUACAUAGGCUGCAAGAUGAGAAGGCGGCAAUUGAAAUGGAAGCGAGGCAGUUCCAGAGACUGGUUGAAGAGAGAUCGACUUUUGAUGCUGAAGAGAUGGUCAUACUCAAAGACAUUUUGAUACGGCGUGAGAGAGAAAAACAUUUCUUGGAGAAAGAAGUUGAAGCUUAUAGACAACUACUCGAAGAAACAGAGGAAUUGGAAUGUUCUUUAAUAAAAGAGAAGAAUGUUCCAGAACCGGAACACAAACAAAACAAAGACUGUCAAGAGAGAAGAGCUUUGCUCGUUCAGGAACUUGAUGGAACGGUUCUCGAUAUGCCUUAUAGAGAAGAAGGAAACAGAGAUAAAAACAGAGAUCUGUAUAAAUCAGAUUCAGAAGUCGCGUACUCACGUGUGCGUGAUGUUUAUAUGGUGAAGGACGAAACAGAGAACAUUAGUAAGAAGAAGAAUCUAGAAGAAUCCUCUGUUGGCAAACCUAAAGAAUCGUUGGAUGAAAACAGUAUCAUUGUCUCGGGGAUUGCUCGAAAGCUACCUCCCUUAUGUCGUCCACGCAAGAAGUCGCUGAGCUCUUCGGGUUCAAGGAGAAAAUCGAUGUCUGCGGUUGAUUAUGAGAGGUUAAAGAUUGAAAAUGAAGUGGAAUUGUUAAGAGAAAGAUUAAAGGCUGUUCAAGAGGAAAGAGAGGAGCUUACGAGACGAGCAUCUUUGCCUCCUUUACCAUCAAAGGUUAGGGCUACGUCAGAGAAGCGAAGUUGGACAAGAUCUUGUUCCAUGGAUCUUCACUCUUCUUGAAGGCUGAAGCCUUUUAAAUUUUAUGUACUUAGACACAUACAUGUUUGUAUGUAUAGUAUACAGGAUUCGAUUAUCAGUUACGUGUUUACAGAUUUUGAGCCAUCUCUAUGGAGAAAUCUUGGAUCGCAAGUCACCCUUUGGGAAUGUAUUUUUCUAUCGUCGAUCAUACAUACUUGCUUUUUGUUCGUUUGUAUCGACAAUAAUUAUUCGACAUAGUGAUUCAAAUAUAUAUUACUGCAAUAAAAGUUGAAGAUAACUUAUUUACAUGUCCUCUUAUCAAAUCUAAGAUACAUUGAAAAAGUCAUGCAACAACAUCCAUAUAUAACGAUUGGAAGAUAUUUUUGUGUUGUUGAUGAAAAUAGAUUAUAUAUAAUGUUCAUUUUAGUGUAAUAUCACUUUGUCUAACAAUAAUUUAACCUCUCUUUUUUUUUAAACGAAGCUUUUCAACUGACUGAUAUAAAAUAUAACCGUUAUUGUAGUAUAUCAGUUGUUCAAUGGAUUAAAUUUUGUUCUAAAUGUAUGUAAGCGGUGAUAAUGUAUGUAAAAAUGUAUUUUACAGAUUGUUGAGAAUUGAAAUCUUCUUCUAGGAUUUGAAUGAUUGAAUCAUUCUUAUGUAUAUGAUGAUAUUCUCCAAUACUAAUUAGUUUAUAAGAUACAGAUAAAAAAUAAUGUGGAGAAAAUCAUAAAAUAUCAUGUCGUUUCGCUUUAUUGUUAAGUAUAUAACCUUUUAUUUC